GGGACUCCUCAGGCCCCACCACUUCUCUGGCUCUUCCCCUCCCCCUAACCGGAGUUCUAGUCUGGGCAUUCCUCCUGGUCCCGCUUGCCCAGCCUUCCCUUCUGGAAACAUUCCUGAGCUUUCGCCAUUUCCUGCUACUUUCCGCCGCUCUUGCCUCCUCCUCCCUGCUGGGCUGAGAAGCCACACGCAGCUUCUUCCAGUAACCCGGAUUCCCAGUAGCAAUCUCCUUUCUUCCUACAUGAAUUUAAAAAGCCCUACUUCCUCUUUCUUUUCUAACAAUGCCCACACCUGUUGGUCAUUCCCUGCUUCUGGAUCCUGCAGGCACCCACAGAAUGCCCACCUCUAAAGAUGAGGACAUCCUGGUGUGUGUUUGUGUGUGAUGGGGGUGUGAGGCUUUGGCAGAAUACUUUCCUCAUUCUCUCUAUGCCUGGGUGCUGAGUCUUUAGGAAACAGAGUGAUAGAAUUUCUUCUCGGGAGUGGUGCAUGGAGUGGCAAAGCUCUCCUUGGAGGACUAAGUGGGAGGUGAUAAGCACAGUAUCUAACAUGUUUUAAGUGCUAGUGUUGUUCAUCGCUAUAUUCAUAUGAUAAUUUGCAUCUUUUUAUAUUCUGAAGUAAAUUUAAGGAUAGGUAAUUCCGGGGCGAGCCUGGGGGGUUAUAUGUAUCUUUUACAACUACUCUUUUUGGUCACUUUCCAACCUCCUUUAUGGCCCCCUUGAGCAGAGCUGUGGAAGGAAACUGUGGGCGGAAGGAAUGGGUUUGGGACUGUUCCCUGUGUCCAUCCUCAGUCCUUCUCCUGGCACCCCUUUCUCCUUGGCGGAUUUGUCUUCUGCCCCCUCUGUCCCUUCAUGGCCUGUAGCCCCCACUUCUCUUGGAGAACUGUUGCAAUCUCCCAUUUUCUCCAGCCAGACUCUGCCUCUGGCGUGAGGGGCAUCAUGCUCUGUGGUGGACACCUGCACCAUUCCCAGUCACUACUGCAAGAGGAGGGAUAUGAGCUUACCCGCAGGUCCAGGGAGCUGACCUUAGUGUCAAUGCCCUGGCCACCCCCACCCCUUCUACCCUUGACAGCUUGCUUCGCUGUGGAAAGGGGGACAGAAGAGUGCUUGGCAUGGGCCGCUGCUCCUUGGCAUGGUAGGCGCCAUGCAUGGAGAACAAGCCUCCACCAGCCUGUCCUCUGCUCCAGCUCCUGCCUGGUGGCUCCCUGAUGCACCACCCAGGACAUGAACAAGCUGAGUGGAGGCGGCGGGCGCAGGACUCGGGUGGAAGGGGGCCAGCUGGGGGGCGAGGAGUGGACCCGCCACGGGAGCUUUGUCAAUAAGCCCACGCGGGGCUGGCUGCAUCCCAACGACAAAGUCAUGGGACCCGGGGUUUCCUACUUGGUUCGGUACAUGGGCUGUGUGGAGGUCCUGCAGUCAAUGCGUGCACUGGACUUCAACACCCGGACUCAGGUCACCAGGGAGGCCAUCAGUCUGGUGUGUGAUGCUGUGCCGGGUGCUAAGGGGGCAACAAGGAGGAGAAAGCCCUGUAGCCGUCCACUCAGCUCCAUCCUGGGGAGGAGUAACCUGAAAUUUGCUGGAAUGCCAAUCACUCUCACCGUCUCCACCAGCAGCCUCAACCUCAUGGCCGCAGACUGCAAACAGAUCAUCGCCAACCACCACAUGCAAUCCAUCUCGUUUGCGUCUGGCGGGGACCCGGACACAGCCGAGUAUGUCGCCUAUGUUGCCAAAGACCCGGUGAAUCAGAGAGCCUGCCACAUCCUGGAGUGUCCCGAAGGGCUUGCUCAGGACGUCAUCAGCACCAUUGGCCAGGCCUUCGAGUUGCGUUUCAAACAAUACCUCAGGAACCCGCCCAAGCUGGUCACCCCCCAUGACAGGAUGGCUGGCUUUGAUGGCUCAGCUUGGGAUGAGGAGGAGGAAGAGCCACCUGACCAUCAGUACUAUAAUGACUUCCCUGGGAAGGAACCCCCUCUUGGGGGGGUGGUGGACAUGAGGCUUCGGGAAGGAGCCCCCCUGGGGGCUGCUCGACCCACUCCACCCAGUGCCCAGACCCCUAGCCACCUGGGAGCCACGCUGCCAGUGGGGCAGCCUGUUGGAGGAGACCCAGAAGCCCGCAAACAGUUGCUGCCCCCGCCACCCUGCCCAGCAGGCAGAGAGCUCUUUGAUGAUCCCUCCUAUGUCAACGUCCAGAACCUAGACAAGGCACGGCAAGCAGGCGGUGGGGCCGGGCCCCCCAAUCCUGCCAUCAAUGGCAGCGCGCCCCGAGACCUCUUUGACAUGAAGCCCUUUGAAGAUGCCCUGCGGGUGCCUCCACCUCCCCAGUUGGUGGCCAUGGCUGAGCAGCUCCGAGGGGAGCCCUGGUUUCACGGGAAGCUGAGCCGGCGGGAGGCCGAGGCACUGCUACAGCUCAAUGGGGACUUCCUGGUGCGGGAAAGCACGACCACGCCUGGCCAGUACGUGCUCACUGGCCUGCAGAGUGGGCAGCCCAAGCACCUGCUACUGGUGGACCCUGAGGGUGUGGUUCGGACAAAGGAUCACCGCUUUGAGAGUGUCAGUCACCUCAUCAGCUACCACAUGGACAAUCACUUGCCCAUCAUCUCUGCGGGCAGCGAACUGUGUCUCCAGCAACCUGUGGAGCGGAAACUGUGAUCUGUCCCAGUGCUCUCUCCUAGAAGAUGCCCUGCGACCCCUUCCACCCUAUUGCCCAACUCUCAGGACCUCACUUGGGAGUGUUCUGUGGGCUUGGCCUUGUGUAGGGAUGGGGGUAGUGUGGACAUUGGGUUCAGCAUCCAGCUGAGUGAGAGGGUUUGAGUCAGGAGCCAGGGGUAGAGUCCUGCUUCUCCCCAAACCUCACCAAAGUAUUAAUGUACAGAGUGGCCCCCUUCCCUGGGCCUUUCCUGUGCCAACUUGAUACCCCCUUCCCCAAGGUGGGUGCUGGAGGCCUGGGCAGUAUGCCUCCUUGUAAUGGAAAAUGUCCUGUGGUAAUAGGCCCAGUGGAGCAAUCACCCUUCCAGGGAAGGGGGAAUGAAUCACACCUUUAGUCUACCCCUGGGCUCAGGGUACCCCAGACCCCUCUCAACAACCCUCCCUCCCAGCGUUUAAACUUUGUGCCUUUGACCAUCUGCUAGGUCUGAAGAUAUUUUAUGCAAAGAGUUCUUGGGCCCCUGAAGUCAAGCAUGGGGGUGCUGACACCUUGGCUUCUGGGACCCCGUCCUCUCCUUGCUCAGUACCCCCUUCCGUUUAGGUUGGGUGAACAUAGGCAGGAGUGGCAGCUGUCCCCGGGGAUGCAGCCCUUAGAGAUUGCCUCAGAGUCCCCUCCCAGCCAGUGGGGAGAUGGACCCUCGCUCAGUGCCUCUUGGGUAGGGCCCCUCACCCCAGGGGGUCUAUAUAUACAUUUGGCAAGUCCACCCCCCCCACCACCAUGUUGCAUGCAUGUUAUACUCGAGCCAAAGUACAGCCCUUCCUCCUGUAGCCUCUGCCCUGCCUCCCCCUGCUGGGGUGGUGGGGGGAUGACUGAAGUGUCAUCCUAGGUGGAUUUUGUGGAGGUGGGAACAGGGGCACUGAGACUCUAAAGCAGUAGACAAUCCCCAGAUACUAUCAGUAGAUUUGGAACUGCGUUUAUUUUUUAUUUUAUAUGCAUAUAUUUUAGGGCUGUAGAUUUACUUUACUAAUUUGUUUUCCAUAGCUUAUUCCUGAGCACAAAAUGAUAAUAAUCGAUUUAUACAUCACCUUUUUGACUUUUCAAAGCCCUUUUACAACUAUUGGCAUUUUCCUCACCCCGGCCUUUGCCGGUAGCGUUAUCUUUUCUGAGAGACCAGAGGCCGAGUGUGAGCUAGGACUAGAGAAACUUGGACCUCCCACCGCGAGGCUGGGAGGCAGAAGUUUGGCUGAAUGAGUGUUAGUUUCACACGGGGCGGGAGGGGGCGGGGGCUGGGGGACACUUAAAACCUGCAGUUAUUGAAUCCCUUCUCCAGGCCGGGUCCUGCCGCAACGACAGAGGAGCCGGCCCUGCUCUGUCAUUAGGCCUUGUGGAUAAGGGAGGGUGGACUAUCUAAAUCCUCACCUCCCUUUUUUUUCUUUUCUUUUUGUUUGGAUGUUUUCACGGGUCUCACUUAUACCAAAGGGAAAGAAUCUUCAUUAAAGUCCAUAUUUCUUCUA